GGCGAGUUGAAGAGUUUUAUGAAUUUAUGAAAGAAACUGCAGCGCAUACUACCAAGCGUAUAAGUGAGCAUUCGUAUCAACCUGUGGGAAAAAGAAUCAUGUGUAUGCUAUGCCUGCAAAUUCAGAAAGCCUUUCUCGGUUUGCAUCUUAUGAAAAUAGAUGGGUAGCAAUUGGUGAUAGUGCCGUUUCUUUUGAUUCACUCUCAUCUCAAGGGAUGCUCACUGCUCUAUAUAGCGCGAAACUUGGUAGCUAUAUUUUUUCAGUACUUUAACGCCAAGAAGGCACAAAACAAAUAAGUAACUGUUCAACCAUUA